CUUAACAGGGUGGCAGCCUUUCGGUUGGGUGGCAGCAUUUGUUAAAAACAAGAGGUGUUACAUAGUUUUUGCAGCAAUUAAAUCAUUUAAUUCAUAGAAUCCAACAGAAAUGUCUGAGAAAAAACCAAACGGAGAGUCUGAUGACUUAAACGAUUUGCUCGACAAUGCACUGCAGGAUUUUGACAAAACCAAAAGCGGUGAUAAGCAGGAAAAGCCUGUUUCCACAAAUGACACCGCAGGUGAAGCCGGCGAAAGCAACGAGGACUCAAAUGCAUUUUUUGAUGAGCAAGCGAAACUCUUAGCGGACCGCAUGCUCACACUUUUCGGUGGGCCAGAUACGCCCACCGGUGAUAUUCCACCACUGCCACAGAAUCCGGAACAGAUAAUGGCCGGAUUCAAGAAAAUGGCCGAAGCGGCCGCAAUGACCCUCAGCGGCGAGAACUCUGCCAACGACGACGAAGUGUCCAAGUAUUCAGAUAGCAUUUCCCAGGCUUUAAAAGGUCUUCAAGAGGGCACCGAUAAUCUGGCAGCUCCCGCAGCUGACACUGACAUUGCCAGCAUGUUUAGUUCCCUGAAUUUGGAUGGUGCUAGCGAGGGAGAUGGGAAUACUUUCCUGCCAUUCAUGGAGGGCAUGAUGCAGAGUCUACUAUCUGCUGAGAUUUUGCUGCCUAGCAUCAAGGAGUUGUUGGAGAAGUAUCCGAAAUAUCUGGAGGAAAAUGACUCAACCCUAUCUGCCGAAGAUAAAGAAAGAUAUCAGAAACAGCUGGAGCUCUAUAAGGUUAUUGAGGAACACCUGCAGAGCGAGAAACCCGACGACUCGGCCACCGUGAAGAGAGAGAAAUUCCGCGUGGUGCUUGAUGACAUGAGAAAAUUGCAGGAUUAUGGCCAACCGCCAUCAGAGAUACUUGCGGAGACCGGAGCCGAUCUGCCGUUCGCUGAUGCAGCGGCUGUUGGCGGUGUUCCAAGUCCCCAAUGUCCCACAAUGUAAUAGCGCAUCCUGGCUGUGUCGUUCCUCUUGGCGUGCCAAUGGCCGACUUGUGCCUCUUUCUUUGUUGUAUGUUGCACAUUUAGCAUAAGCAUUUGAAUAACUUUCAUAUAUUAUAUUUGGACAACUUGUGGUGGUUUCUACCGGUUAUUUGGCAACAAUGCUUUAAGAGUUUUGAGUUUUGCUUUAAUUACCCUUAUUUUUUAUUUAUAUUCUCUAUGAAAUACAAUAUAUAAACAUUUCAAA